UGAAAACCCGAAAAAUUGACAAAAUAAAGAAAAUAAAUAAACAGAAACGAAAAAUUGCAAACCAAAAACUGAAGAAAUGAAAAAUCAAAAAAUCUAAAAAAUCUAAAACCCCUGAAAUUGGAAAAACGGAAAACUGACAAAUUUAAAAAGGAGAAACUCGAAAAGAUUUCGUAGAAUAGGAAAGAAAAAAAUUAAAAAUUAGAAAAUUUCAAAUCCAAUAAUAAUUGAUUAAACGAAAAAUUGAAUACACUGAAAUUGAGAAAACAAAACUAUAAACAGAAAUAAUAUAAAAAGCAAUAAAAAACUUGAAACUUCGAGCAAAGAAAGAGUUUUAAAAUCCAAUAAUUGAAAAAUGGAAAAAUUCUAAAAUUGUAAAAUUAACUGAAAAAUUUAAACUUGAAAACCGAAAAAUUGAAAAUUUUAAAUUUGAAAAUUCGUGAAACUGCAAAUCGAAAAAUGACAAAAUCAUCAAAAGUUGGAAAACCGGAAAACUGAAAAUUUUGAAAAUAACCACUAGAAGAACCGAAAAAUUGAAAAAAUUAUAAAAUCCAAACUUUGCAAAAUCGAAUAUUUGAAAAAAUAACGAAAAUAAAAGAGAACGAAAAAUGACACAGCAAGAAUUUGAAUACGUAAUAAAAAAUUGUAAACCCCAGAAAUUCAAGCCGUAAAAUUGCAAAAUUUAAAACCUGAAAUAUCAAAAAUUUGGAAAAUUGAAAAAUUCAUUGAGGUAUCCCAAAAUAAAAAUGACAACAAAAACAUUGAGAAAAACGAAACUUUGCCCAAAACCGCCUGAAAAAUGAGACCUUAUCUAACUGAGCAGUUACAUAAUCCAGCGUUGACUCGCGUCGCGGCACAUUACUCCACGACAAUGGCGUGUUUCGUAGAAAAAAAAAAUCCCAAAUGAAUAAAAUUCAGGUGUGUCCAGAACAUGCAAAUCCAUAAAAGUAUGUAAAUGAGAAUUUUCCGCAAGCUAUUCCUCGGUGAUUAAAAUAAUAAUCCGCUCGCACUGAUAAACAUUAUCACUCUGCUUACAAUCAAGUGCCAUCCCACAGCUCCAAAAAAGAGAAAAAAAUUAAUUUUGUUUAAAGACGCAGUAAUUUUCAUUUAAUCACAACCGAAUUUCAAAAACGUCGUAAAAACCACUCAUGCAAAAUGUAGAAAACCAUUCUUCCAACACGGAGUAUAAAUACUGGAAACUGACAACGAGACGAACCAGCAGUUAAUUCGCGUUCUGAUUUACCGCGACGAUGUAUUUGAGGUUAAGUUUGUUUUUGAUUUUGUUUGUUCUUGGGGCGGAGGUUUCGGCCAGACACUCGAGACAUGUCACUAGGAGUCGAUAUCGAACGAGUUGGCGUGGAGUGAAGACAAGAACCACCACCCCCCCGCCGCCGCCUUUAUUAUUGCGAAGUUUUUUCGGUAACAGAACCCUAGCGGAUUACCACCCUAUCAAAAAAAUCAAAGAAAUUAUCACCACUGUGGGUAAUAUGCUUCCACGAUAUACCCAAAACCCUACAAAUCUGUCGUCGAGAAUGUUCGACGAACAUGACUUUCAGGCAGGUACUCCGAAGAUGGAAGUACUUUCUCGAAAAAGGGUAGACGGUUCGAACGAUUUGUCCAAGGCGCUACACUACGACGUUAAAUUCCUUUCUGAUGCACCUCCAGGCUCUGAAAAAAAAAAUUCUCAAAUGUUUCGUAUGGCAGAUAGUUUUUUGGACUAUGACCCGAACGACCUUCUUAAAAGUCUUACACGAUCACUAGGCAGGAAAAACGGUCGCAACGACAGAAACAACGGUAAGUCCGAUAAAGACAAAAAAAGCAAAAAGCCAGAUCGUCUUGGUCAAGGAAAAUCGACUAAAUCUCAAGACUUCGGUCGGAAUCGACGUGUUGGUAACAAAAACGCUUUUUCUGCAGACAGUGCAUUCAAGAGGUCUUUGCGUAACCGAAAAAGAAACAAAAAGACUUCUCCUGAAGAAUCAGAAGAAUCGUCUGAAGAAGUCGGAAAGAGCAAAAGAAGACACUAUGACUCUGAAGAAAACGAAGACGAAUCUGAAAACUUUGAAGAAGACGACGAAGACGAUUGGACUUCUCGUGAAGACACGAAAAAAUUUGCCAAUUUGUAUGCGAAAGACCCCAACAUGGCGCCUUCUAAGCAAUGCAACUCAAGCGACAGUGGUUCGGUUCAAGAGUACCCCAAGAAUUGCCAAGAAGUCCUGAAAUUAGGGCACAAGAAGUCCGGAAUUUACAUGAUCCAUCCAAUUCUUUCGUAUAAACCGUUUUUCGUUAAAUGCAACCAGAAAAACAUGAAAGGUGGUUGGACUUACGUGCUUAAUCGGCAAGACGGCAGCCAGGACUUCAACUUGCUCUGGACGGACUACGAGACGGGAUUUGGUAAUCUGGCUGGGGAGUUCUGGCUGGGACUGAAAAACCUCUACUACCUUACAGGGCACCAAAUCAACGAAAUGUUGAUGAUCUUCACCGACUUUGAGGACCGCACUAGGUACUCGAUCUUCAAGCUUUUCAGCAUCGGGGACGUGGACGAAGGGUACGCGGUCAGACUUCUGGGAAAGUACGAAGGUACUGCCACUGAUGGGUUCCUGUGCAGUGGCGGUGCCAAGUUCAGUACCCUGGACGUGGACCAAGACAACAGCGGGGACCAUUGUGCCCUACAGCACUCUGCUGGAUGGUGGUUCAAUGACUGCUGCAACGUCAUACUCACCGGAAUUUACAACAAUUACACAGAAGACCAGAUUUCGACCUGGCUGCAGCAGUACGGAUCGCCCAAUAACCUAAUGAGGGUCAAAAUGUUGGUCAGACCAGCCGCCUGAAUUAUUUUGUUAGUAAAGCGUUUUUGACAAACAUGAAUAAAGUGUUUCAUCAAGUCUGUGUUGAUCGAC